CGCGGGUGGGCCGAAGAAGUCCGGUUUAGGGAUGUGUCUCCUGCUGGGCGCCAGUGGAGUCGGGAAGACUCUGCUGGUGAAACGGCUACAAAAGCUGAGCUCCCGGGAGGGGAAAAAUGACCUUGGUGACCCACCCCCCACCCAGCCCACGGUGGGUACUGAUCUCACUGAUAUCGUGGCCCAGAAAAAGAUGAGUAUCCGGGAGCUAGGGGGAUGCAUGGGCCCCAUCUGGUCCAGUUACUAUGGAGAUUGCCGCUGUGUCCUGUUCAUGAUUGAUGCUUCUGACCCCACCCAGCUUUCCUUAUCCUGUAGUCAGCUCCUGGGCCUCCUUUCUGCAGAACAACUAGCUGAUGCAUCUGUCCUGAUCCUCUUCAAUAAGAUUGAUAUGCCCUGUUACAUGACCCUAGAGGAGAUGAAGUCCCUAAUCAGACUCCCAGAUAUCAUUGCUUGUGCCACACAGUGCAUCACUACAGCAGAAAUCAGUGCCCGGGAUGGCACUGGUCUGGCAGCUGUCCUGCGCUGGCUCCAAGACACCCACAAAGCCAACAGCUGAUUGAAGGAUGAAGAAAUAUAGGUGACAUUCCUUUUCGAGACAGGACAGAGAAGGUAUGGACUGUAGGGCUUUGUCCUCAGGGCAGAAAGGCCCAGGCUGAGCCACCAGAAGAUGAUGAGGGUGGCCCGAGCUUAACUGACUGAGUUAGCAGGCAAAUGGAGGCUGUUUACAGGUCUUGAAAACCUUUAGUAACUGAACUGCAAACUGAAGAGGCUGACCACAGCACUGAGAAGGAACAGCUGGGUUACCCCUUGGAAAAGUCAUUUAGUAUUCCUGAUGCCGCCUUUGGAAGAUGGCACUACUUCUUGGCCUUUGAUUUCUCCUGUGUAGUUUGCUCGCCUCCCUCUGACCCUGAUAACCCUCAUCCCCACCUACCCCCGGCCCACCCCAGAAGCCCAAUCAGUAUAUGAACCUGGACUUGUCUUAUUGAUAAUUAUCAGGGUUCUACUUUUCUAUCCAAAUGCCAGAGGUAUAUGUGAUGGGUCUUCCAUCAAGCAAGUGGUAUAAAUCUUAUGGGAAUAAAGCCUAGAUUUUAAAAUGAAGCAUGUAUAUUUAUUUAGCACUUCAUGAUUGAGAA